AGGCUACGUGACAUCCGAAGACGGCGCGCGGGCGACUGUCCUCGGAUGUCCUGGCAAUUUGGCCGAAAUCUGAUGGCUUUGAGAUUUUGGGGGUAUUGUUUUGGGGAAGGUGUGCGGUGGGGGAUGGGCGCAGACUAAUGUACCAACAAAAAGUUUAACCACUUCGCCGACCUCACUGACAUGGCUGAACACUCGUGCUGGCAGAUGUUCCGGAGUCAGAUCUGGUUGUUGUGAAAAACGCUAUUUCACUGGCUCACUUGAAUCUGUUAACGGAAACGUUAUUGGAAGAUACCGCGUUGACUGUGAUUGAUGUUGUUGUGGCGCCGAGUAGUUAAAUCAUUUUCUUAUUGGCGGUGUGUAACUGACCCCCCCUACUGUCAGCGCUGGUUCAGUCUGGCUCGCCCCCGGUUCGUGCAUUUGUCCCGGGAUGACCUGUUGAUGUCUGUAAAAUAAUAUAAAGUGGGGGUGUCCGAACUAGCACGAAAUGGCUAUGGAACAUUAACUUUACAUUCCGCGGGGUGAAAAAGUAUGCAGCCGUGCACUGUGAAUAUGAUAUUAAUCCGCCAGCCUAUCCGUUGCACCGUUAAAGAUUCCCGAGUGUUGUAACUGAGUGGCGUGGAGAACGGGGCGAACACUCAUUUCAGCGGUAUGGUGUGCUCUCAAACCGGACCCGUCUAGGCCCGAGGAUGUAUGCACGCUCUCUCUCGAUGCGGUGCAUUGGCGAACGCGGGACAACAGCGGCAGAUGUGCACCGUCUUGACAAACUUGCUCGUUUUAUGUGAUCAUCGGUGCGUCGCGGCGAUUUCCCCCACCCCGCGCUGAACGCGUUUUCUCCGUGCCGUUUGUUGCUCGCUCGCAUGUAGGUGCUGCAUUUCUCACGGAGUGGGUCAUAGUGAGCGCGUUUGCCAUCAUUCUGCUGCCCCGGACCGUGCCAGUGGAGAACUCCGGACGGACGGGCAGAUUGACUGACACACGGUUUGCCUGCCGCCGCUAAAGCGUCAUAACACCGCUGUACGGAUUUCUGUGGCGGUGCUGGCCAUAGCGCCAUGGCUCAGACCCUUCAGAUGGCGAUCCCAAACUUUGGCAACAAUGUUCUGGAGUGUCUGAAUGAGCAGCGUCUGCAGGGGCUGUACUGUGACGUCUCGGUGGUGGUAAAAGGCCACACCUUCAAAGCUCACCGCGCCGUGUUGGCUGCCAGCAGCUCCUACUUCCGUGACCUCUUCAACAGCAGCGCGGGCAGUAAGACCUCCACGGUGGUGGAGCUUCCCCCGGCCGUCCAGCCCCAGAGCUUUCAGCAGAUCCUGGCCUUCUGCUACACCGGCCGCCUCAGCAUGAACGUAGGCGACCAGUUCCUGCUCAUGUACACGGCCGGCUUCCUCCAGAUCCAGCAGAUCAUGGAGAAGGGCACAGAGUUCUUCUUGAAGGUCAGCUCUCCCAGCUGCGACUCACAGGGCCUUCACACUGAAGAGACCCCCCCUUCGGAGCCUCAGAGCCCCGUUACCCAGACGGCCGUUACUCAGACAACGGCUAACGGAGGUGGUGCGGUGGCGGCCAUGGCAGCCAGUCGGCCCGCGUCCUGCUUGACGCCGUUGCCUCUCGUGUCUCGGGUGAAGACGGAGCAGCCGGAGGCUUCGCCCUAUUCGGUGGUGUGCACGCCGGUGGCCAAGCGGCUGUGGGAAGGAAGCAAUCGGGAAGGCGGAGGAGGCUCGGGCGGAUCUGCCGGAGGAGGGAUGAGGAAGGCGGCUCGGUUUUCUCAAGAGAUGCCACGUGGAAGCGCCAUCCAGCAGCAAGGUAGCAUGGGUCUCGGAAUGGGAACGGGGGGUCACAGCGGCGGCAGCACCAAUGGCAAUGGGACAAGCAGCGCCACUCCAGAAGGCACCAGCCCUGGUACUCUGAGCGCCUACGCCAGCGAUUCUCCCAUCUCUUACCACGACGACGAGGAAGAGGAGGAGGGGGUGGACGACGGCACUGAAGAGCAGUACAGGCAGAUCUGCAACAUGUACACCAUGUACAGCAUGCUCAACGUGGGCACUGCAGCGGGUGAGCGUGUGGAAGCCCUCCCCGACCACUCGGAGACGCGGCCCAGGAUGCGCGGGCGACAGGAUCUCGCCUCUCUCCCUGCAGAGCUCAUUGCCCAGAUCGGUAACCGUUGUCAUCCCAAACUGUACGAGGAAGGUGACCCCGCAGAGAAACUGGAGCUAGUUUCAGGCACCAGCGUGUACAUCUCACGAGCUCAGCUGAUGAACUGUCACGUCAGUGCAGGCACCAGACACAAAGUGCUUCUGAGGAGACUGCUGGCUGCUUUUUUUGAUAGGAGCACUCUGGCCAACAGCUGUGGAACCGGCAUCCGUUCCUCCACCAAUGACCCCAGCCGUAAGCCACUGGACAGUCGUGUGUUGCAUGCAGUCAAGUUUUACUGCCAGAACUUUGCCACCAGCUUUAAGGAGAGCGAGAUGAAUGCCAUCGCUGCGGACAUGUGCACUAACGCUCGGCGCGUGGUAAGGAAGAGCUGGAUCCCUAAACUGAAGCUACUGAUGGCGGAGGGCGACGCCUACGCCAAUUUCCUUCCAGACAGCAUCAAGAUGGAAGCGGACGGCAUGGGGGCGGAGCCUACCUAUGAAACGGCGAGCUUGGAGGGAGGCACUCCCGUGGAGACUGGAGGUUCCUCGGGCGAGUCUUUGCAGGGUGUGGGCGGAGACAAUGGCACUUUGUUUCAGUGAGUUGCCCAGCGAGGAAAGCCCUGCCCCAUCCCCUCUGCCACCCCACUUCCCACCCACCUCCUACCCUGCUGCGUGACUCUGGGCUCUGCUGCUUCUGCCUAGGAUGGGAAGGGAAGGGAGAGUCGGGUAGGAGAUUGGAGAAGAUGGCACAGUCUGUAAAGGCUAGUGUAAGGACACAAGGGGUUUAUGAUGGGGCACCAUUUUCUUUUCAAUUGUUUUUGUUUUUGCUGAAUAACCCUUUUUUUGCACAGAAAAAGUUCCCUUUGCCUCCAUGCUCUGCUAUAAAUAUAUAGUCACGAUACUAAGUACGUAAUUAGGACCAGAAAAAGUUUUCAGAUGUCUCGCACACACAAAAACAAACACUGAGGCUGAGGUUCCCUCAUUUCACUGUACUGAAAUUGAAUGUAUUAGUUUGUAGCAUCUGGCUAAGUGAGACUAGCCGAUUGUACUUGGCCCGAGAGAGAGAGAGAGAGAGAGAGAGAGAGAGAGAGACGGCAAAUGUGUUUGUCACAAGAUCUAAGGAACAGCAGAUGAAGAAAGCGAGGAGGAAAGGAGAAAGCAGGUUGCAUAUUCUGUCUCUCGUUCUGCCUGAAACGGAAAGAAUUCGAUAUCCUCCUCUCCUUUCAUUCCUCUCGAAAAUAUGUGGGAUAUUAUUGUGCCACGUUCUUUGUUUUAUGUCGACAUUUUUCUCCUCUCCCCAUCUGCUUUUGUACUGUGUGUGAUAUAUAAAUCCAGAGUUGAUGAAAGAUUAAAGACUGUAACGGAUAAAAAUAUAUUUAUCGCCUCGCACCUUUGAAGUGCGAGAGAUGGAGGGAUUGUUUUAAAAUCUCUAAUGUAUUUUGUUUUUUUCUUUUUGUUUUAAAUGUUUGUGACAAGACACCUUGCUUAGGGGCUUUAAAUGGAAACGGUAGGAAAUGGAAUAUUUUUGCAUAAGGAUUAUCAAAGAUUGGUGCUUGGCUUGACCCUCUUGAAUGAUCAUGCCUUCACCGGGCCUGAAUUGAUUGGUUCAGUCUGUUUGUUGCCAGUUUAGACAUAAAACUUUAGUCUGUUGAUUGGCGCCAUGGCUAACUAAUACAAACUCAAUGACAAAGAACUGGUUGGUUAAUCAGAUGUAGGCAGAUUCAACAUCAAAAAGUCAGAAUGACUUUGUAGGAAGCAAAUAUGUUUUUAGAUUUUUUUCUGUUAGUCUUUUAGCUUUCUUCCCCCUCCCACACUUCCACACACAACACACAUUUACAGCCCGGGGGAAAGGAGAAUCAUGCUUCUUAUUCUUAGUCACCUUACUGUCUUAAGGAUUGGGUCUGACUUUGUGUGUGUUUGGGAGUGGAGGAGGGUUUACAUUGCCUGUGUCCCAGGAGAGGAGGUGCAGAAUGAUUAAGCCCCUCCGUGGUGUCGCCCAUCUCCCUGUUUGGGCAGCUGUGUGCGCGCGCAUGUGAGAGUGUGUCUGUGCUCGCUUAGGCAAGCAUGUCUGUGUCCGCCCAAGUCACCAUCUGUAUACAUUCCUUGCACAUAGUUGGCAGUGUGUGUUUGCAUGUGGGUGAUGUGUUGAUCUGGGGAUUUAAGGUAUGUUUGUUUCUUUGUUUGUGCAUGGGAGGCACA